AUGGCAUCCGCAUGUCGUUGGGAGGUCAUUGGCGGAGGAGAGAAGGGCGGCCUCGUGGUUCGAGAUGGACAGAGCACCAACUCCAACCAGUUGGAUCGUUUGGCUACGGGCUCCAUUGUAACGGAGCUGGAGAAAGUGGGCGAUCGCAUUCACUACGAGUUGAUCUCUGGCAGUGGGCCCAAUAAGGGCUGGGUGAGUAUCAAUCUGAAGGGAAAGGAGCUGCUGCGGUCUUUGCCGGUUGGGCUCCCAAUGGUUGAGCUGGAGAUUGCUCCGAAAGCUGCGGAGGUCGAGAAAGCUGAGGUAGUGCCUGUCGAGCCAGCAGUUGAGCCCAAGAAAGAAACCUCCAAGGCGGCAGCUGCGGAAGCUGCAGACGCUGAAGCCUGGUGGUUGGAUGCGGCGCGCAAAGCGCCCUCGGCGAUCAAUGGUGAUCUACUGGAUGCUUUCCUGGAGAAGGCGACCUCGAAGCUGGAAGCGCCAGGGGAUUAUUUGGGUGGGCAAUUGCCAGUGAUGCCACGAACCGUGGGGCUUCCGACCUGGGCCGCGUUGCCGGACAAGGCCAAGAAACAGUUUCCGGAGAAGUCAAGAAAGCCCAUGAUCCGUCUCUACUGCUUCCCUGGUGCUGCUGACAACUACAUGCUCUGGCUGGAGCUUGCCACUUCUGCCCCUCCCUGGUGUGAAGUGGCCGUCUACGAGCCGCGGGCGCAUGGCUUUCGUCCGGAGGAAGCCUGGGAUCGGAGCCUGGAAGAACGCGCGGAGGACGCCUUCCAAGUGAUGCGGCCAGCCUUUGAGACCCAUGCCUCGGGUGGCGUUUCGGAGGGUGCACCCUUUGGCUUCCUAUCGCAUGGCGUGGGGGGUCAGUUCAUGGCCUUGUUGGCCUACCGUUUGAAGCAGGAAUUGAAUCUGCAGCCAUUGGUGGUCUUCGCCAACGAUGGGCCGCCUCCCAACGUUCCCACUUUGUCGGAGGAAGGCUAUCGCAUGUUGUGCGAAGACGUCCUGGGUUUCUACCGACUUUUUCAGCCGGAUACGGUGUCUCAGUAUGAGAAGAUGGGUGGUGCUGGAAAUCGAGCUGCAGAAGCUCUCAUACAGAAAUGGUCCCGCGGCCUGCGGCUCUUCGAAGAACACGCGCGGCGAGCGGCCCAGCGGGCGCCGUAUCACAAGUUUGAUUGUGAUUUGCACGUGCUGGUGGCCAAGCAUACUGCAGACGCUGACUCCUACAUUGCGCAAAAAGAUCCUGCACAUCUGCAGUACUGGGAGCGACGCAAAAAGAUCACCGGUUCUGUGGCUGAGUCCGGCUGCAACUGGGAUCGAGAAGGCUUCAAGAAAUGGUCUGAGUGGACCACGGAAGACUUCCACUACCACGAGGUGGAGACGGAUCACAUGACCAUCAAAAAUUCCGCGCUCAUGCGAGACAUCGUGUUCAAGGAGUUGGGAGGCUUUUGCGGCAUGGACGACUGA